AUGUCCUCUUUAAAUUUGCUCUAUCAGUGGAUUCUGGCUGUGUUCUUGCUCUGCUUCCCCAUGACUCUUGAAAGGAGACCAGUUGAUGCACUUAUUAACAGAGCGAGGAGGUCUGUGAGCCACACCCAGCUGAUGCACGACAAAAGCCGCUCCAUGCAGGAGUUCAGGCGCCGCAUGUGGCUGCAGGAGCUGCUGGAGGAAGUGCACACGGCAGAUAAGCCUGCACCGCCUGUGCAGAGCAGGACCACCAGUCAGACUUUCAGUGUAAAAACUUUACUCCAAAAGCCCUCGGGGGCCACCAAAGACCUGCCUGAGAAGUUCAGUGCGGACGGGGACGACCCUAACCUCCCCCAGGAGACCAACAAGGCCAUGGCCUUUAAGGACCAGUCCCUGAAAGUUGCCACCAAAAGGAAAAAAAAGGUGAGGUUAGGCCGGCGCAGAGACAGCGAAAAGAAAAGGAGGCGAGCGCGGUCUGUCUUUACAGUGGGGCCAUGA